AAGUAGCCCUGGUGUCUGCUCUGUAUCACCAUGCCACUCGCUCCUUACUUUCGCUUUUACACCGGCCCAGUCACUUUCCUUGUCUGCAUCUCCUAUUUGAUCAUCUUCACAACAACCGUCACAAUACAUGAGUAUGGUUGGGCUGCCCCUGAGAAGGGAAGUGGAGAACGCAUGGGACUGGACUUGGAGGGCGCGAUGAGUGACUUGCGCGUGAUUGCACAAUAUCCUCACCCUCAUAACUCUGCACAGAACGACAUCGUUCAUGAUUACAUUCUGUCGCGUACCCGUUCUAUAGCGGCAGGGAAGGCAUUUGUUGACGUUGACGACGAUACUGUCAGCAACGUCACAUUCGUCGUAGACGAAACGCAAAAUGGGAAUGUCGUCUAUUUUGAGGGGAACAACGUGCUGGUCAAGGUUGAGGGGGAGAGGUCCGAUCUCCCAGCGGUCUUAUUGAGUGCUCAUUUUGAUAGUGUACCAACCGCACCUGGCGCAACCGACGAUGGUAUGGGUAUAACCUCUCUCCUCGCACUGCUCAGCCAUUAUGCUGAGCAUCGUCCGUCUCGCACUCUGGUCUUCAACUUCAACAAUGGCGAAGAAUACGGAUUGUAUGGUGCCAAGGCCUUUCUCCCUCAUCCAUGGGCAUCCCUUCCCCAGACAUUCAUAAAUCUCGAAGGUACCGGUCAAGGCGGCCGCCCUGUGCUCUUCCGGACGAGUUCACCACAUGUCACUUCCGCUUACCAUCGCGUGCCCCACCCGCACGGAAAUUCCGUAAGCGCCGACGCGUUCAAGAGGGGGGUGAUCAGGAGCAGAACGGAUUAUACUGUGUACGAGACGAUGGGUUGGGAGGGACUUGAUGUCGCCUUCUACAAGGGAAGGAGCUGGUAUCAUACGAUGGGGGACAACGUGCCGGCACUGGGCGGGGUGAAAUCGCAGUGGGCUAUGCUGGAGACCGCAUACUAUGCAACAGAGGGACUGAUGGCUGACGAAGAAUCAAACCAUGGAGGCGAUACAGUGUUCUUUGACGUUCUCGGCUCGGCUCUUGCGGUCUUCACCCGUCGGACAGUUUACAUCAUCAAUAUUUUCCUCCUCAUAUUUGGGCCUAUGGUUGUGGGCGGACUGCUCUGGUGGAAUCAUGGCAGGCGAAGGACUGCCUUCCCGUUCCCUCUUCAUGGCUGGGUACGAUUCCCGGUUGCGUUUGUUGUCACCUGUGGAGGGACAAUCGGGCUUGCGUUGGUCAUUAAUCGAGUGAACCCAUACAUUGUCCAUUCAUCGUCAUAUGUCGUCCUCUUGUCGCUCCUGUGCACCUCCUUUGUCUUGCUCGCAGUCACAUUGCGCCUGUUCGCCAGCAUCCGACCAGUGCAUCAGCAAAAAGUAAUUGUCCUCAUUGAGUUGUAUGUCUUUUGGUGGUUCCUCCUGGCUGUCGCCACCGGCCUCGAAGGUCCACCGCAGUUUUUGGUCGCGCCUUACUUCGUGACGCUCUUUUAUUCGGGCACCUUAUUCGGGCUAUUGCUGGGGUUAGCAGAGGACACCGUGUUGGAAUGGAGGGGAGACAAAGAGAAGGAACGAAUUGUUCGGGUCCCAGGGCAAUUCGAAGGCGAUCCAGAAGUUGAGGUCUCCGGUAACGACCUUCAUGACGAUGCCUUGCCCGAUGAACCGACUGAGCGGACACCUCUUGUGACUCGCACGCAACCCGAGCCUGUAAAUCCCUUGCAGGAAGGCGAGCGACAGAUUUCCGGUCUCUGGAUGUUCCAAUUCUGGCUUGCGGUUGUCUUCCCAGCAAUAUGGGCUUCACAGACCGUACUGCUUGUGAUGACUUCUAUGGGUCAGACGUUGGUCGAUGGAAACCCGUCCAUCCCCGCCUAUCUCAGCAUCGCCCUCCUUGGCAUCCUCAUCAUUCUUCCGCUUGCACCUUUCGUUCAUCCGAUCCACCUCAAUGUCACCUGGGCAUUGUUGCUUGUCUUGGUUGGAAGUACGAUCUGGUGUUUAUUUGCCGCCCCGUUCACACCCACCUACCCGUUUAAGGUCUUUUACCAGCAGGAAAUCACACUCGACGUUAUCCCAAUUAAGGACCAGGUUAUGCUUGGUGGCCUCGCUUCGAUAGCGCCAGCAACUGUGAAAGAGUGGAAGCCUGAGGGCGAGGUGACGUGCGAGCAAGAUAUGGAGGUCAAGUUCCGUCCAAACUUGAGAGCAUGCACAUGGGAAGGGCACGACGGUGCCAAAGGCAUGGGGGUGGAGUAUAGCAUCACCCGCACGGGUCCCGUCAGUGCCAGGGUGGCCAUCACUGGCUCGAACAGUCGUGUAUGCGGCGUACUCUUCAACAGCCCUGUACGGUCUGUCGUCAUUGCCAGUGCAGCGCCCGCAACUUCGCCGUUGGAUUCUGUGAACCAAAUCCUCCUGCACUCGCGCACCUGGGACAGGACGUUCGAGAUCGACUUCGAAUUUGAGCAAGACUUGGAAGGAGGCAGUGUAUGGUGCGAGUACGCGGAUCCGAGGCCAGGGCAGAUACCGGAUUUCGACGAAGUGCUGCAGAGCAUUCCAGUCUGGGCAACUGUAACAAAGGGGUACAGUGCGCUGGUAGUCGCGAAGAAGAGCUGGGCACUCCCUGGGUUAUAGGAUGUGGUUCAGGAGGACAUAAGGAAGGAUCUUUAGGAUGGCCGGCAUAUGUUUUGGAGUCUUCAGAUUAGUUCUGGUCAAUUUUGGUGGAAUUGACAACUAUGCAUGUUCCCAUAUCGCAUUUUUUGACCUUAUCGUUCCGCUGCAUUU